CAACGGUCACUCGCUCACUCUAUUGAGGAACACAUAAGCGUUCUUCUCUCUCUCUCUCUCUCUCUCUCUCUCUCUCUCUGCGCCAUGAGAAGUUAGCUCAAAGUGAGCUUUUAAAAAUGGCGUUUCUUCUGGCUAAUCUCUCUCCCUCUCUUCUUGUACAAGCCAAAUCGAAAGAGAAGCUCAUCCGCCAAAGUUCUCUACCAAAACCCACCCCUUCCCCUCCUCUCCUCUCUUCCUUUCCUCUCACCAAGCUCGAAACUCCACCCCUUCGGCGUGCGCAGGAUAACGACCUACCCAGUGCUCAAGAUAAGCAGAAGAAUGAUUUCUACGUCAAUAUCGGCCUUGCUGUGCGGACCCUCAGAGAGGACUUGCCUUCAAUCUUCUCUAAGGACCUCAAUUACGACAUUUACAGAGAUGAUAUAACGUUCGUAGACCCAUUGAACACUUUCACCGGAAUUGAGAACUACAAAUUGAUCUCCUGGGCCCUGCGUUUCCAUAGCCGAAUUCUGUUUCGGGAGAUUGCCCUCGAGGUUUAUAGGGUAUGGCAGCCUUCUGAGAAUGUUAUACUGAUCAGAUGGAAUUUGAAGGGUGUUCCCAGGGUUCCAUGGGAGACAAGGGGUCAAUUUCAGGGGACUUCGAGGUAUAAAUUGGACAGGAAUGGAAAAAUUUACGAACACAAAGUGGACAAUUUGGCGUUUAAUUUCCCACAGCCAUUGAUACCGACUGCUUCCGUGUUGGAUUUUGUUGUUGCGUGCCCAGCUAGCCCCAAUCCGACAUUCUUAUGGGGGCCAACUGAACCAUACACGUCCGCAUGGUUGGAGUUUUAUCGGGCAGUGAGGGAGACAUUGUAUAGUGAAGGACAUUUGCUUAUGCAAGAAGGGUUGGUUAGGUGUACAUAACAGCAGGCAUUUGAGGAAUCUGGUGAUCGACAGAUUGUUCUGUAUACAAUACUCAUUAUCCAGUUUUAUAUAUCUGCUUCAGAGUGCAAACAUCAUGUAUCAUAUGCUCAUAUACAGCUCAUUAGUAGUUUAGGUACCAGACAAAUGUACAUAAGCAGGGAUGUUGGAGCAUUCAUUUUCUUGUAUUGUGGGCUGCUGAAAGAAGUUGUUACAUGUUGGGUGAGUUAGUGAGUUUUUACAGUUCAAAUGUGAUUUGAUGGAUAUCUUUUGUCAGCA